GAUGUGUAACAUAUCUUUCAAACACCUGUUUGUUUGUUGACAUUUUGCUGUUUUGGUGCGAUGGAAAGAGGCCGCAGCGACAGUGAUAGUAAACGAAUACAAUUUGGGAACAGAUAUUUGACAGAUGAAGACCAAGUUUUUCAGCACAACGCCUGGGAUAAUGUGGAAUGGGAUGCCACACAGGAGGAAAUGGCUAGAAAUAAGGUGCUUGAAAAUUCGUCAACAGUUUUGGAUGAAACUGAGAAAGAAAAAUUUGAAAACAAUGCGAGUCAGUUUUGGGAUGCAUUUUAUGAAAUUCAUCAAAAUCGUUUCUUCAAGGACAGGCACUGGCUGUUCACAGAAUUUCCUGAGCUUGCUCCUGAAUCAGAAGUGGACCAAAAUGUGCCUCUUAGUGUAAAUUCUACUAAAGGUGUUGCUGUGAAACAUGAGCACGAUGGUGCAGGUUCCUGCAGUGACACUACAAAGUUGGAAAAUGCAGAAUCAUGCAAAACAACUUGCAAUCUUAAUUCUGAAGGUUUAGGAACUAUAAACCAUGCAGAAGAAAAGAGAACAAUAAAUAACAAACCAUUCAGAAUACUUGAAAUAGGAUGCGGUGUUGGAAACACUGUUUUUCCAAUUCUUCAGUAUACUAAAAAUCCAGAUUUGUUUGUAUACGCCUGUGAUUUUUCGCCAACAGCCAUAAAUAUACUCAAAGAAAAUCCAGAAUAUGAACCUGAAAGAUGCCAUGCCUUUGUAUGUGAUGUGACAGCAGAUGAUUGGGAGCCCCCUUUUGAAGCUAAUAGUCUUGAUAUUGUUGCUGCAAUAUUUGUAAUUUCAGCAAUUCACCCAGACAGGUUCCGCCAUGUUGUAGAGAAAAUAUUUUACUAUCUCCGACCUGGUGGCCUCGUGGUUUUCAGAGAUUAUGGCCGCUACGACAUGGCUCAGCUUAGAUUUAAGAAGGGGCAGUGCUUAGGAUCCAACUUUUAUGCUCGUGGUGAUGGAACAAGGGUUUACUUUUUUACUCAAGAUGAAGUGAGAAAUAUCUUCACAGCUGCUGGUUUCUUGGAAGAGCAAAAUCUCAUAGAUAGACGGCUCCAAGUGAAUCGCAGCAAAAUGCUUAAAAUGUAUCGUGUCUGGAUUCAAGCAAAGUAUAGAAAACCAGUUUGCAGCUGACUGAUACGAUAUGACAUAUUUUAUGGACAUGUUUGUAUAUAAUACAAUAAAUUUAAUUAUUUAUUUAUAAUACAA